AUUUUGAGCAUUACAUAAAGGAUCAACUGAUUUUGUUUCAUAUAUUUAUUAAUACUAGAAUCGAUCGACGAAUACGCUUGUUAAUCGUUCGGUCGUUUCACGGUAGUAAACUUGAAUUAUUAAUGCAUGCGUCUCAUGGUUAAUAAUCUAAGGGGAAUUAAACCGCUUGUUUUGAGGUUAUCAAUCUCAAUCGUUUUCAUCUUAAGUUUAUUGCUACUAUCAGGUUAAUAUACGACGUGUGUUCUAAAUUGAGUUGGUAGUAAGUUUUAUUAAUGAACGUGUCUCGUUAUUAAUAGCUACACUCGAUGAAUUGGAUAUACUCCUCGAUUGAGUAUUCGAGAGGAAGAUAGUUAAAGAUAUAACUGGGAUCGACGAACAUCUCAUUAAGUGGAUAAAAGCAAAGUCAAGUCCUCAUCUCUAUUAAUUAAACUCAUAUAAGUCGUUCAUUUUCGUAUUUAAUUAAAUUAAAUCACUCAAUCCUAAAACUCCCUUUUUAUUUACUAGUUUUAUAAAAAGAGAAUUAUUUUUUUCUCUGUGGAUACGAACCUUACUUCAAUAUACUACGUAGGCAUGGACCCGGUUCGGGCCGCCCGGCCCGGCCCGGCCCGCCACUGUGCGAGCCUGGAACCGGCCCGGUUCUCGGGUCCGGGUCCGGGUCGGGCCUAGGCCCGGUGGGGUGGGCGGGUCCGGGCUCGAGCCUUGUAUUUGGCGAACCGGCCCGGCCGGGUCGGGCCCGGGCCGAAUUGAUUUUUUUUUUAUUUUUUUUCCUUUUUUUGGGGUUAGCAAAGUUGGGCUUGAUGGUUAGGAGGGGUUUGGGGGUUUGGGGGGUGGGGGGGUUAGGAAAGCAAAAAAAAAAAAUUAUGACCGAACCGGAGGCCCGGCCCGGACCCGGACCGGACCCGGUGGCCACCCGGGCCAGUCCCGGGCCUUCCUUCCAAAAAAAAAGCCCGGCCGGGCCCGGCCCGGGUCCAUGACUAAUACUACGUAUAAUUGUUGUAUUGAUAAUUAUUUUGAGUGCACACCACGACAAAGUGCACGUCAAUACUCUAUCAGGAGUCCCCCACUCCCUGAGGCGAGAGUACUUGGUAAUGCACCCCCUCCCCUGACACGAACAUCUUCAUCUAAAGGAAAAUCACUUUUUAAAUCUGCAUUUGGCAAUCAUAUGAAAAAAAGUAAAGCAACUUCCAUUGCUGAACAAAGCUCGGUUAAUGAGCUUUCUAUGUAUCUAACAUUUCAUGUUGAUUAUGAAGAAGGGGAUGACUUUGACGUUCUAAAGUAGUGGAAGGAAAAAGAAAGAACAUUCCCGAUUUUAUCAAAGAUGACUAAGAAAGUGCUAGCAAUGUCGAUAUCUACAGUUGUCGUGGAACAAGAAUUUAAUGCGUCCGGUAACAUCCUAACGGAUUAUAGAACGAGAUUGAACGCAAACUCUCUUGAGACCCUUGUUUGCUUCCACAAUUGGUUGAAGGCCGAACGUAGAAUUCAAGAAUGUAGAACUCAAGAAUUGAGCAUCGCCGCCACGGCCCACCCGCCACUUUAUUAGAAAAUGUAUUUCAUUUAUUAAAUUUUUCUCAAUUCUCAAUUGUACUUCUUAUUUCAAAUAAAUAUACUUGAACAUUUUUAUAUCUAGCAAUUCUUCAAAUAAUUGGACAACACAACAACAAAAACGUAACCGACCCGGUACCCGGAACCGCUGGCUACCCGGGCCGGUUCCGGUUCUCCCUUCCCCAACAAAAAGCCCGGGCGGGCCAGGCCCGAUACCCGGCCCGGAACCAGAUCAAACCUACCCUACCCUCCAAAACCCAACUUCCAAAUAUACCCUUACUAAAUUUGUGUAACUAACUAUGUCUCUGUUGAUUAUGUAGGCUUCAUUGAGAAAUGAAGAUGAUAGAAUGGCUUAUUUAACAUUUUUUCAUGACAUCUCCACAAAAUCAACUCUAAUUCAAAAUGAAGUUAAUGAACGAGUUAUUCCGAGUUAAGGCAGAUUUAUCCUUGGAAGCAAAGUUGAUUUACUUUCCUCUCAACUUCUCUUUUAUUUCAAAUUUA